AUGCAUCUUGUUCGCGUUCUAAUAAUAGCCCAUACGCUGUUGUAUUUAAAAUUUGCGCACUGUUUUCCCCUAGGCCUAGACUCUCUCUGCUCCUGCGUCAAUCCAACAGGAGUGUGCAACCUGCUGUGUGUGCGGCCUAACUACAACAAUCCUGUGCUUAUAAACAGGACUCCCGCCUUCAGAAUGACACGCCCCAGGAUAAUGCCUCCAUCACUAGCAGAAAAAAGAGUUAUUUAUCUGCCAAGGCCAGCAGUGAACAUGGAGUACAACAGCGAGGAGAAGGAAGAGCCAACCUGCAGCACAGAAACAGAAACAGUCUACUCAACCCUCUAUAAAACCAAAACAAGAAACACUCUUAGAGUUUUGACACAAACAGACACAAUUACAAAAAAAGUACCGGUUACAGUUGAAAAAAUAAAAAAAAUAACAAUCACGCCCUCCACCGUGGUAGUAACCGUGUCAAACACCAGCACCAUCACGGUAACCAGCACAGAAAUAAGAAAAGAAACACUUCCCCCUGUCAUCAGGCCAAUAACCCUCAAAAGUGUCCAGAUACUGACAGCGCAGCCUCGCACAGAGACUGAGCAGGUCAGAGCACCUCCAUCCAUUUACGUAAAAACACAGACAGUCACAACUACUCUUCCGCCAAACUCUCCUGUAAUAGUUACGUACACAACCACUGCCACCAGCACUGUAACUGCCACAGUUGCGCCCACUUUGUACAAAGACUACGUAAAUAUAAACCCGCUGCCAGAUGAUGCAGGUAUACUUUUGGAGUUCCAUGACUCGAACAAUCACGUAAAAAGUGUCAACGUAAUAAUGCCCACUAGAAAAGUUGCAUCAAACAGUGUGCCCACAAAACUAUUCUCAGACUCUCCCAAAAAAGAAACUGAGCCGAUAGUUAUCACCAAACAGAAGAACAUAAGAAAGAAUGCUCCUACCACCACAAGCACCAGCUAUCUUACCAAAAGCAAGCCCGUACUCUUUACCAAGUUAAAGUACUCAACACUCGUAAGCACAAUCACACAGAUAAAGUAUCUGACAAAAACAAAAAACAAAAUUGUUACACAGACAGCACCAGAGAUGGUCACAAGAACAGUUGUAAUUCCAAAGCCCACCACGGUGGUAGAAGUAACUACAAUCCCGCUAGUAAAACACGUGAAGAUAACACAAACAUCCACAAAAACCGUGAAAAAGACAGUUCCCACCACAGUCUACGAAAUGCAAACAGUGACACAGGUUAUGCCCGCGGAAACACAGACAGUGCAAAGCAACAAAGUAUUGACAGUUGUGAAAACAAUAACAGAGCAUGACACAAAGACCAAAUACAUCACAAAGCCAUCCACAAUAACAGAAGUGGCUCCUCGAUACAUAACACAAACUAAGACAGAAACAGAAACAAAAACAACAACAAAAUAUGUAAGAAUAACCACAGAGUCAAAACCCAUGCCAACAGCAGAUAGAUCGAAACAAUACACAGAUAUCAUCUCUGAGCUGAGAAACAAAGUAAACGAAUAUAGAGACAUGCUAGAAAAAUCAAACAAAGCAAAUGACGAGUACCAUUUAGAAGUGAAUAACUUAAGAUCUCUCCUCAAGAACCGCUAG